AUGGCUGUUAAAGAAGAUGGCUAUGUAGAUAGGGUCAUUCCUAGAAUUAGUCUUAAAGACUGCAAAAAUAGAAGACAAGAAAUCAAAGAUCAACUAUUUGAGGCUGCUAAAAAUUCAGGGUUCUUUUCAUUAUGUGAUCAAGAAUCUCCUUCCAAAAGUGAUAUUGAAGAAAUGUUUAAGUUAUCUAAACAAUUCUUUGAAUUACCAGAAGAAACUAAAAUGAAAACACCACAUCAAAAACUAUUGAAUACAGGUUUUGAAUCAGCUUCACAAGUCAGACCUUCAACUGGUACUGCAGAUCAAAAAGAAUCGAAUCAAUUACAAUACCAUAGAUUCAAUGAGAAUUGGCCAGCUAAGGAAGAUGUUGGAGAAGAAUGGAGAAACAAAACCAAAGAAUUCUUUUUAAAAUGUCAUAAUCUUGGUCUUUUCCUUAUGGAAUUAUUUGCUGAAGCUUUGGAUUAUCCAGUGGAUUUUUUCUCCAAAGCUCAUAAUAUAACUGUCCCAACUGCUCAAUCAACUUUGAGAUUAUUACAUUAUUUCGAUUCUACUGGAAAAGUAUUCGAAGGUAACUAUUGGAGAGCUGGAGCUCAUACAGAUUUCGAUUGUUUAACUUUAUUAUUUCAAAGAACUGGUGAUCAUGGUUUAGAAGUAUGUCCUGGUAGAGAAGCACAUACUGACUUUGGAUAUUCUGAUCAAUGGACUCCAGUUCCAUCUCAUACUGGUGAUAUUGUGGUUAAUAUUGGAGAUAUGUUAAUGUCUUGGUCUGACGAUGUUCUUAAAUCAAACUUUCAUAGAGUUAGAUUACCAACUGCUGAUGAGAAUCAAAGUGAUAGAUAUACCAUUGCCUUUUUUAAUCAAGCAAAUACAGAUGUUAUCAUUCAAGGUAAAAAUAAAAAAUACCCAGCUGUUACAGGUAAACAAUUUAUUGAAGAUGCUAUGAGAAGAAAUUUUGAAUUAUUAAAGAAACAAUAA